GCAAACCGCUGACCCUGCCUACUGAAUCAUGGAGUAGCGCCGCCGCUUUUGGGAUCUGAGGAAGCGGGCGGGAGGCGAGUCCUUGCUUGCUGAAACAAGUCACGGCAGGGCUAUGCCCUUCAGGGCAAGAGAAAGAUGUAUAAGGUAGACCUGUCACCAGAUCCCAAGGAGAUGGCAGCCAUCGAGGCUAGAAGAAAUCGAGAAAAAGAGCGACAGAGCCGAUUCUUCAAUGUGCAGACCCGAGGCAUGGGGGUGGAUGUCAAAGCCCUCAACAGCCAAGUGGAAGAGCAAAAGCUUCGAGAUACAACAGAACAGAGCAAGGAGGCAACUUACGGUACCUACCAGAAGCAGUAUGAUCUGGUAGCCCAGCUGCUAGAGAAGGAACAGGCAGAACGGACACGUCGGCUGGCCAAGAAAUUGCAAGAAUUUCGGGAGCAAAAGCAGCAGCUCAGGAACAGGCCACAGUAUAACCUUUGGAAUCCUAGCCGACUCUGGAUGGAGUUUCCAGCCUGUCUUGGCCGUAGUGAUCCUCCCUGUGGCCUAGCCAGCUUGCAGUGCUUUGCUGGGGAGGACCGGGAGAGGGCCACGUGCCUGAAAAUGCAGCAGGAGCAGUUCACAUACGGCCUGGAGAGGCAGCUGCAGGAGCAAUGGCAAGUCACGGCUGAUGAGAAGUGUGUAGAUAUGCUCAGUGACCAGCUGCGCCUAGCCAUGGACAUGCGGUCCACCCAAACGGCCAAGGUAGAGGAGUCCCAUCGCGUGGCCAUGAUGUCUGCUAUGGCCAAUACCAACAAAGCUCAGGGGCCCCACCAGGCAGCUGAACUGGCUGAGCGACAGCGCCGUGAGUGGCAGCAUGAACAAGAGGCCAACUUCAUAGAGAUCCAGAACCAGAUCACGAGUGACCUACUGACGGAGAACCCCCAGGUUGCCCAGCACCCUGUGGCUCCCCACCAGGUCCUGCCCUAUUGUUGGAAGGGCAUGACUCCAGAGCAGAGAGCUGCCAUCAGGAAAGUCCAGGAGGUGCAACGCCAUGAAGAGGAGGCACAGCGCCAGGCCGAUCAAGCACGGGUUGCCAAAUGGGGAAGCCAGACUUUGUGCUUGGCCCAGGCAACAAUGGAGCUACAAGAGCAGGAGAGGGAACUUAGUGCUGAACAUCGAAGGGGGCUAGGAUCCUUCAAUCAGCAGCUGGCUAAGGAGCAAAAAGCCCAGCAGGAUUAUCUGAAUUCUAUAAUCUACACCAAUCAACCUAUGGCCCAAUACCACCUACAGUUCAACACCAGCAGCCACUAAGCUCAGGAUGCUCAUCUCUCUCUUCCUCAUCAAGCUCAUGAAGCCUGGGAGUCAGAGAGUAAAAUGCUGCAGGCCCUCUCCCCCAACUCCUUCCACCACUAUCCCUACCUUUGACCCUAGGUAAUAAAGUCACCAGUAAAAUCAA